AUGGAAAAUCAAAGAAUAAUAUCAACUGAUAAAGGAUCAACAACAACAGCAACUAAAAGAACCAUAGAAUCAGCAGAACAACUAACUCCCACAUCACCGGAAAUGUCAAUGGUAAAAACAAAAAAAUCAGCAAUAGAGGAGGCUGCAGCAAGAUUAAGGACAUUUGGGAUGAGAAUGCUUUCUAAUAAUUUAAAAAAAGCAAAUGUUAUAUGUAAUAAUCUUAUUAAAUCUGUAUUAAUCACAUUUAAUGAAUUGGGAAAUCAAAAUAUUUAUGUUAACAUAAAUAACAACAAUAACAACAAAAUCACAAAUGAUAGCAACGGCAACAAUACUAACAGCAGUAGUAAAUAUGGUCACUAUGAUGAAUAUAUAAAGACAAUGAUACAAUCAAUCAAGGAACUAGAACUUUAUGACUCAUUUAAAUAUGCAUUUCUAGACAAUUCAAAGAAAUUUUUUCGUGAGAAAAGUUUAUCAUACCGACCAUUAAUUGAAAAUCGUAAUAUAGGCACCUAUUUGAAGUUGAUCAAGCAACAAAUUGAGUUUGAGAUUGAUAAAGUGACUUAUUUUUUUGGUGAAGAUUUGUAUAUCAGAGAAUCUUCAGCUAAGAUCAUGAUUAAUGAAUAUUACCUCAGGCAUAUGGAUAUUAUAAUUGAAAAAGUCUAG